AAUCACCUCCCCGAUAAAAAUUCCCCUAAAAUGGUGCCACGAUGAAUCGUCAGAGCAUGCGAUGAUGUGACCGACGUAAGCGAUGGAGAGUGGCUGGAGGUCAUUUCCACCUGCUUUUGGUACAAUCUCAGCCGUCUCUCACCCUAUGACGUCUCGCUGACUCAUUCUCUGCUGCAGUCUCUCUCUCCCCUCGACGUCUCAACUAAAUCCACGGGAAUCACCCUCUCCAAUCUCCAUUCGAUCCUUGUGUAGCAACAGAGGGGCGGAUUUUUCUGCGCUUGAGCGUCUUAAGGGCUAUUCUUGAUCACAUCAUCAAGGCACAAUAAUGGCAUUGCGAGAAAAGGUCCUCAAAAAGAAAGCAGAGAAGUUUGAAUUGAAAGAAUUAGAGAGGAUUAUACCAAAUCGAGGCAAAUUACUUGUCCUUGAAAAACUACUUAAUGAAGCCUAUUUAAUUCGUAGGCCAAAACCAAGUGAAUAUGAACAUCGAAAGCAACUAAUUCGAGUUUUUAAUGAAAUAGCAAGGGAAUUAUAUGGUAAUUCUUCUGGUUGUCCUGUUGUUGAAGAAUUCGGUUCUUUUUCAAUGGAUCUUUUUACUACUGGAAGUGACUUAGAUCUCUCAGUCAACUUCAAAAACAAAAACAGUAGUCAAUCAGUGUUCCCUCGAGAUCAGAAAAUUAAAGCACUUAGGAAGUUUGCAAGAAAGUUUUAUGCACUUCAAACUGGAGGUCAUGUACGAGGUGUUCAGCCUGUUCUGUCUGCUAAGGUGCCUAUCCUUAAAGUUAUUGAUGCUGGAAGUGGUGUUGAAUGUGACCUUUCAGUUGAAAAUAGAGAUGGAAUUUCAAAGUCAGCUAUAAUUCGAUUAAUUACUUCAAUAGAUGAAAGGUUCCAAAAGCUAAGUUUCUUGAUGAAAGCAUGGGCAAAAGCACAUGAUAUUAACAGUUCAAAAGAUCGAACUCUUAACUCUUUAUCCAUAAUAUUAUUGGUUGCUUUUCAUCUACAGAAUCGAGACCCCCCUAUAUUACCUCCAUUUUCCGAGAUAUUAAAAGAUGGAGAAGAUGUUGCAUCGGUGCAGAAAUCAGUUAGAAAAUUUCGGAAUUACGGUAGUAAAAAUACAGAAACAUUAGGUCAACUGUUGGUGUCAUUUUUACUCAAGUUGGCAUCUGUUGAAAAGCUUUGGCCCAAAGGUCUUUGUGCAAGUACUUAUCUAGGACAAUGGACUUCUAAAACUUGGGCCACUAAAAUAGCAAGCAUGAGUGUGGAGGAUUUCACGGAUCGAACCCAAAAUGUGGCAAGGGCAGUGGGGAAAUCAGAGGUGGAAAAAAUCUACGCUUGCAUCCAUUUUUCCAUCCAAAGACUUUCUUUAUUCAUGAAUGGUGAAAUCCAAGAAUCAGUUUUAAACGAAUCUUUAUUUGGCAUCACCAAUACAUUGCACCACCAUCCCCCGCUCACCACCACCACCCCAAUGCAACCAAGAGCCGCCCAAAGUUGGCAACCAAGACCACAGCCAGUCGGCGGCCACUGGGGUGGAACGGGAACCCCACAUCAAGCCAUGGGUUCCGGUCAAGAAUGGUCUGACCACCACCCACCCAAAAGAAUGCGGGUGGCAGCAGACGGUGCACCCGGCUGGAGUACUUGGGGAGGACACCAUCAACCAGCCAAAAGAAUGGGGGCGGCAGAUGGUGGUGCUCCGACACCACCACCGGGAACACAAGGUUGGGCUACUUGGGGACCACCAGCAGUGGGUGGACAUGGGUGGGGUGGUGGUGGUGCUGACGAGGACCAUAGGGGAAGAACGGUUCAGCAUCCAAAUGGUCCACCUUAUCGUUUAGGCUAACUAACUAGGGUGUGCAAUACAGCUAACUGGGGUUGGG